AUGAGGUUAAUUAAGUAUGAUUUGCAAGACAUUGUCAUUGCGCCAGAGAAUCAGAGUAAGCAGACGACCUAUCAAAUGGUGGAAAAUGGGGUUAUGUUUUCUAGCAAUUCUCGCUACCAUUUGAGGUCUUAUAGAGGAGGAGUUAGCAGUAACGUGGUUGGCCAAUGGUAUUCUGGAGAAUUCAUCACACAUAUUAAGGCUGGAACUCUCUCAAGACUUUCAGAUGAAGACUACGCGCAAGUACCAUAUGUUCUAUUCUUGACAACAAUCGGGGCAAUCAGAGUGAUAGUUUCACUGCCAUCUGAAGUCUAUAAGUAUUUGGAUAAAUGCAUUGGACUAAGAGAUUAUCAGGUGAUGCAUUUCAUUGAUGGAGAUUUUCUGGAAUCCUUUUUGACUUUGACUGCAGAAGAGCAGAUGAAAAUUGCUACCACAAUGAAGAUCGACGAUAAAAUCAUGAAGGAAAUACUUGACUAUCUUGCCCUAUUUCAUUAA